GGUGAUUACCUUGUAUGCGAUGAAGAAACAGCCAUGUGCUUCUACAGCGAUCUCACACAGGGGGAAAGCUUGCCAUUAGCCCAGGACGUUUCCAAGAUUUCUCAGGCCUCUAGGGUCUUCGGCGAUGAGCAGACAUACGAUGGCUUCCAUAAACUGAUUCCAUCCAGUUAUAUCCUGACUAAGAAGGAUGUGCUUGUUCCCGAAGCGGCUCAGAGGCAGUUCAUCUCACGACUGGAAGAGAACGGAGGCCGACCUGUCCCUGUUUUUGAGCUUGAUACGGCUCAUUCGCCUCACCAAACAGAUCCCCAGCUGCUGAUGAGAGCUUUGGAUUAG